CAAACCUCCGCCCAGUACACGCAUUCCUCUCGUCUUCCUGGAAUGCCUUCAGUGUUCAGUCGGAAAGGGUCCAACAUCACUUUACCACCAGUGAUGUUUGCCGGACUGUCCUGAUAAAAGUGCCGUCCUGACCUCUAACUAACUGUUACAUUACUGCCACAAUGUCCUCCUUAGACCCCUACCAAUAUAUCAUAGUCGAGCAUCAGUAUUCGCAUAGAUUAAAAGUGACUGCGGUCGGAGCGGAAAAUGUUACUAAAGGUGCAUUCGGGGAUUUACUGGACACCCCCGACCCAUAUGUGGAACUAUCCAUUCCAACCACCCCGGAUUGCAGAAAACGAACACGGCACAUAAAUAAUGACAUCAACCCUAAGUGGAAUGAAACGUUUGAAUUCAUAUUGGACCCCAACCAACCCAAUGUGUUAGAGAUGACAUUAAUGGAUGCCAAUUAUGUCAUGGAUGAAACUCUGGGCACAUCUAAAUAUUCGCUUUCGAAACUCAAAGUGGGGCAGACAGAGAAAGUGACACUUACUAUUGGCAAGACCACCAAAGUGUUUCUCGACCUGUCCCUAGAAGUGUGUGCGUCCACAGACCUGCGUUUCAGCAUGGCACUGUGUGAUCAAGAGAAGAUUUUCUUGCAGACACGCAGGGACAGAGUCAUGCUCGCCAUCAAGAAGCUUCUUAAAAUGGAAAACCCGAGCUUCCUUCCAGCCUCACCACGAGAGGUUCCAACCAUUGCUAUACUAGGCUCUGGGGGGGGGUUUCGGGCCAUGGUGGGCUUCUCUGGAGUGAUGAAGGCCCUGUAUGAGUCUGGGGUGCUCGAUUGCGCAACAUAUGUGGCUGGACUUUCUGGAUCAACAUGGUAUAUGUCCAUGCUGUAUUCGCACCCUGAAUUUCCCACUAAAGGACCGGGGGAAAUAAAUAAGGAGCUGAUGACCAGGGUCAGCAAUAACCCACUUAAACUGCUCCUGCCGCAAAACAUCAACCGCUACGUGAAGGCACUCUGGAAGAAAAAAUCUGCCGGGCAGCCCGUCACCUUCACAGACAUCUUCGGGAUGUUGAUAGGAGAGACUCUCAUUCCAGGGAGGAUGAACGCUACUCUCAGCUCCUUUAAAGAGAAGAUUAAUGAAGGUCAGAGUCCUUUGCCUCUUUUCACCUGUCUACACGUCAAACCUGAUGUGUCUGAGCUCAUGUUUGCAGACUGGGUGGAGUUCAGCCCGUAUGAAAUUGGCAUGGCCAAGUACGGCACCUUCAUGCCCCCAGGGCUCUUUGGAAGCAAGUUCUUCGUGGGCAGUGUUGUGAAGCAAUAUGAGGAAAACCCCUUACAUUUCCUUAUGGGUGUAUGGGGGAGUGCUUUCUCUAUCCUCUUCAACCGGGUUCUGGGUGUAAAGGAGACAGCCAGCAGCAGCACAAUGGAGGAGGAGCUGGAGCAAAUUAAACCAGAACAUAUUGUGGGAGAUGACUCCGCAGAUAAUGAAGAGGAAACACAAAGAGGAGGCACAGAGAACGCUGAGGUGGAGGAUGAGCGCCAGCGUCAUGCCCAGGCUAGUUGGGUUCAUCGCAUGUUGACCUCCAUAAUGGGCGACACCACCCUGUUCACCACACGCGAGGGCCGUGCAGGCAAGGUGCACAACUUCAUGCUGGGGCUUAACCUGAACUCCACCCUGCCCUUCUCUCCCUUCAACGGCCUUACGAACCAGAACUCAGUGGAAGAGGAGGUGGAUGCUGUCACAGAUCCUGAUGAGUUUGAUCGAAUCUAUGAGCCACUGGAUGUGAAAAGUAAAAAAAUCCAUGUGGUGGACAGCGGCCUGACCUUUAACCUGCCCUACCCUCUCAUCCUACGGCCUCAGAGAGGAGUGGACCUCAUUAUCUCUUUUGACUUUUCAGCCAGGCCAAGUGACUCCAGCCCACCAUUUAAAGAGAUACUGUUGGCUGAAAAAUGGGCCCGGAUGAAUAAGCUGCCGUUUCCCAAAAUCGAUUCCAAAGUAUUUGAUCGAGAGGGUCUGAAGGAGUGCUACGUGUUCAGACCUAACAAGGGAGAUAAGAACUGCCCCACUGUCAUUCAUUUUGUCUUGGCCAACAUUAACUUUCGGGAUUUUAAAGCACCAGGAGUUCCCAGAGAAACAGACAAAGAGAUCGAGUUUGCCGAUUUUGACAUAUUUGAUGAUGCAGCUUCUCCUUACUCCACCUUCAACUUUAAAUACUCCAACCUGGCCUUCCAGAGGCUACAUGAUCUUAUGGAGUUCAACACGCUCAACAACAUUGAGGUUAUAAAAGAAGCUAUUAAAGAAAACAUUCUUCAAAGACGAGAGAAUCCUUCACGAUGUUCUGUUUCCCUUUCUCUCAAUGAGAUUGAAAACAAGAAGUUCCUAAAACGGGAUACCAGCAACGCAAAAAGACACACCUAACAGAUAGCUAUGAAAAAAAAUACACAAAAGCCAUGACUUCUGGUUUUGAGACUGCUUUGAUUUUAUUCUGUUGCUGAUUCUGAAUCGGACUGUUGAUGAGAAUCAGUGUGCAGCUUUAGUAGACAAAACUGGAUCAACCUUGUUAGUGAGGUUCAACAUGGAUUAGUUUACAGUGUCGGUUCUCUGUGAGCAGAUUCCCUUACACCUUAAUGUUAUGUUAUGCUUACAAAUCUGGUUUCCUUCUCUAAGAAGCCACGGACUGGUGUUUUUUGUUGACGGUUGAGCGGCAAAUACUCACGUGAUGGUAAUUUGUAAGUUCAGUAAUUUAUGAACCUCAGGACAUUCUGUUCUUUACACGCUCUGGGCUAUGUGAUAAGAAAACAAUUUAUGUUCUUCGUUAAGUUCUGCUAGAAUGACCGGGUUUGUGGUGAGCCUUGCCUUCAAGACAGGAUUCAUCUCAUAGGUUAGAGAAACUGGAUUUAGCUGCCUUUAUUUAUUUUUCUUACGUCAAUCCUCUUCAGGGGUAAGAAGAAUAAGAAGGUAAUAUAUCAUCUUACACCUCCUACGCAGGACUCCACCUUUUCAGGUGAAUGUCAUGAAAAUGAUGCCUUUAUGGGACAUGUUUUGUUUAUUUCAGACUUCAAGAGAUUUUUAGAGAUGUGUCAUUUACUUUUUAAAUAAGAUACAAAACAAAAGAUGAUUAUGUUUGUGUCACAAUGUGAGUUAAGAAUCAUCUAAAUUCAACUUUACCUCCACAUUAUCAUUCCUCCGGUUUACAUACUUUAUGUUGAAAUAUGAUGACUUAUUUUAAAUGGCUUUUGUUAUGUUUGUCUAUUUAUUUGUAUGCUUAUUAUGUAGUUUUGUAAUAUUCAAUGUAAGAUUUUUAUUAACUUCAUCUCAUUUAGUCGAUUCUAAUAACGACAUGUAAAGACAAGCCUUAAAGGACAUUUUAGCUUGAAAUGUGAAAAUAUAAUCUAGAAAAGUCAGUAAAGAGAGAAGUUCAAAGCAAUCAGAACCAAUCUUACAACUGAACUGAGGUCAGUGGGAGGAUACAGACUGUAAAGACAGUGGUUAAAAAUAGAUUGAACCUUUAGAAUGCACUUUAAGCCCAAAAUAAUGUACCCAAGUCAUAGACCACAGAUCCCAUUAACGCAAAAUGUACAUAUGUUUCAAAUACACAAUGAAAGGACAUGAUGAACUGUCUAGGGCCUCAUUUAUUUAAACUUGUGGCCCACUAGUGGCUGCAUCCUGAAUUCAAUUUUAUGUUUAUAUCUUGGUAGGAAAAUUAAUAAAUAUAAUAACCAGA